UAUACGUUUAUAAUGAAGCUGUAUAUUGUGUUACAGGAAUGGGUAAAUCUUCAAAAGACAAGCGAGAUGUGUAUUACCGUCUGGCCAAGGAAGAGGGUUGGAGAGCAAGAAGUGCUUUUAAACUUUUACAGAUAAAUGAAGACUUUGAUAUCUUUACUGGUGUUAAAAAAGUAGUAGACUUGUGUGCAGCCCCGGGUAGCUGGAGUCAGGUGCUGGCGAGGAAGCUUAGAGGGUCAGAUAAGACGGAUGAUAGUGUUAAGAUAGUAGCCGUUGAUCUACAAGCUAUGGCACCUAUACCAGGUGUGAUACAAAUACAGGGAGAUAUUACCAAGGUAACCAGACAUACUAGAAUUUAUACAAUAACAUUUGAGCCGCGUCACGACAAAACCAACAUAAUGGGUUUGCGACCAGCAUGGAUCCAGACCAGCCUGCGCAUCCGCGCAGUCUGAUCAGGAUCCAUGCUG